AUGGCGUCGACCGGCCAAGCAAACGACUUCCAAGCCUUUAUCCACAAUGCACGCGAGCGCAAGAAGAAUGAAGAUCUAGCAAGCAAGCUCCUCUCAUCCAAAUCUCGUCGUCAGAGCGCACCCAACCUCAAGGCCCAAGCUGGCGGGUCCCUAGCCAGCCGGCAACGCUCCUCCCUAGCCGGUGGAAACCCCUCCGCCCCCGGCAAUGUCAACGGCGAAUGGACACACGACCUUCACAGCUCGGUAAGCGGCGGCGGCGGCGGUGGCAAGCGAACCACGUCUCUGGGCGCACGCAUAACGACACCCGGAUCGGCGGCAGCACCCAAGAAUGCCUACGGAAACAACAUCAAACAUAACAGCAGAGGAAACAGCAGGAGCAACAAUCGCGCCGCUGCUGCCUUCGAUCGCAUGGCUGUCGACCAGCUCAACAUCCGCCCAUCUGCAUCGGGUGCCGCCGCGCCGUCGUCAUCGUCAUCUGCAUCUGGGAGGGGGAUAUCCAUCCGCGGACUGGCCGGACCGUUCGUCGUCAUGGCGCAGAACUUUGCACCGGGAACCACAGCUGCAGAUGUGGAGAGUGCGAUGACGCCCGUGGGCGGGGAGAUGGAGAGCUGCCGCAUCACCAAGACCUCGCCGUUUAUGGUGGUCGAGAUGGUGUUUCACUCCAGGGAGGGUGGUGAGCGUGUCAUCCAGACGUUCAACGACAAGAUGGCCGACGGUCGUCUCAUCAAGGUCUACCCCAAGAUUGGCAACCAGCGCUCAGCACCGACCGCACCAGCAGCACACAUUACAGGCAACAUUAUCGACGGCGUCAGGGGGUAG